GUCCCCCACUCUCCGCGCUCGUGUGGGGCCCGUGAGGAUCCAGCGGGAGUGUUAGCUGUGUAAUGGCGGCUUCGGUGUUGCUCUCCGCGGAAAGCGCCGUGCCCUCUUUUACUGUCGGCCAUCCCGCAGGAGCUAUUGCGGCGGGAGGAACUACCCAUCACGGAUUAUCAAAUGCCCCUGGACCCGCGUCCUGGAACCGCUCGCUGGACCGGGCGCUGGACGAGGCGGCGGCCACCGGAGGGCUCAACCUGAGCGGCAGGAAAUUGAAGGAGUUCCCGAGGAGCGCCGCCGGACACGACCUGACCGACACCACCCGGGCCGAUCUGUCUCGAAACAGGUUGACGGAGCUGCCAGUGGAGGUUUGCAUGUUCGUGUCGCUGGAGAAUCUGAACCUGUACCAGAACUGUCUGCGUUCACUACCAGAAAGUCUGAUCAACCUGCAGUCGCUCACCUACCUGAACCUCAGUCGUAACCAGCUGUCAACUCUUCCUGCUCACCUGUGCCGGCUCCCUCUUAAAGUGCUGAUCGCCUGCAAUAACAAGCUGGUGUCUCUGCCGGAGGAUCUGGGCAAACUCAGACAGCUCACUGAACUGGACGUCAGCUGUAAUGAGAUCCAGACGCUUCCUCCACAGAUCGGUCAGCUGGAAGCUCUGCGCGACCUCAACAUCCGCAGAAACCACCUCGUCCGCCUGCCACCUGAGCUGGCGGAGCUGCCGUUGGUGCGGCUGGAUUUCUCCUGUAAUAAGGUGACGUCAAUCCCAGUGUGUUACCGCAAUCUCAGACACCUUCAGAGCAUCAUUCUGGACAACAAUCCUCUGCAGAGCCCACCUGCACAGAUCUGUAUAAAGGGAAAGAUCCACAUAUUUAAAUAUCUGAACAUGGAGGCGUGUAAAGCAGCAUCAGAGCUUCCAGACUACGACAGAAGGCCUCUGCCUUUCGGCUCCUGUGUGGAGGAUCUGUACUCCGGCCGACCGUAUGGAGCUCUGGACUCUGGCUUCAACAGUGUGGACAGUGGAGACAAGAGGUGGUCCGGAAAUGAGCCUUCAGAUGAGUUGUCAGACUUGCCGUUGAGAGUGGCUGAAAUCACCAAAGAGCAAAGACAGAGACGAGAACGAGACGAUCACCGGACGGCGACUCACAUCACCAACGGCACAAUGGAGUCAGAGAUGGAGCAGAUAGACUUCAUUGACAGCUGUACAGCUGAGGAUGAUGAUGAGGAGGGGCGGAGCCGUAGAGUGGAGUCAGUAAGCCUCAGCUCUCAGUUCAUGGCCUACAUUGAAAGACGCAUCACCAGAGAGGGUUCACCUGUGAAAACCAGUCCAUCCAGAACUGAUGACCCAAGACGGCAAACCUCCUUACAUAACCGUGGAGGCUCGGAUUCAUCAGGCUCAUCUUCAUAUGCUCAUAACCAGCGGUCUGCUGGUGGUGGUGUGGAGCGAGUGAGACGAGAAGCUCAGCUGGCGGCGCUGCGGUACGAGGAGGAGAGACAGAAAACACGAUCAGUGCAGAGGGACGCUGUUAUGAAUUUCGUCAAGCACAAGUCGUCUCAGAGCCCGACAAAGCUCAGUCCAACAGACAGUGAGAGUCUGUACCCCUCCCGACGCUCCACCCACACUGAUGACUCCGCCCUCUUCAUGAGUGAUUUUGAGCCCCUACUCAUAUUUGAGAUAGACACAGACACCAACACUAUAAAGAAGAGGCCAGACUCUCACAAACAGUCUCUCUCUGCUGUGCUGCUGGAUGGCUGUGUGUCUCCCACUAUGUCCAUCGCCCCCUUCUGUACACAACAGCAAGGUGAAGAUUAUGCCUCGCCCACUGCCCUCCAGUCACCCAGUUACCCCAGCCCUGCAGCACUAUCCCCCUCCCGCGGCCCCAAUCAGAGGCCUGAGAGUUACCUGUUUCGACUGAGUCAGCGAGAGGAGAAGAAAAAAGGAGAAUCAGGCACACAAAAGGCGGAGCCAGUAGAAGCCACACCCACACAGAGUCCAGCCCCUACUGGAGAGGAGGCGUUACUGAUAGAGCAGCUGAGAAGGAAUAUCGAGUGUCGACUCAAGGUGUCCUUACCCAGUGAUCUCGGAGCAGCUUUGACUGACGGGGUCGUGUUGUGCCAUCUGGCCAAUCAUGUGCGUCCUCGAUCCAUACCGAGCAUCCAUGUACCCUCACCGGCAGUGCCGAAACUGACAAUGGCCAAGUGUCGACGGAAUGUGGAGAACUUCCUCGAGGCGUGCCGCAGAAUUGGAGUUCCUCAGAGUCAGCUGUGUCUCCCUCUGCACAUUCUGGAGGAGCGAGGUCUGCCUCAGGUUGCAGGAACGGUUCGUGCUCUCCUUGAUUUGGCUCCUCCGAAACACACACCCUCUCCCAGCUCCACCCCGACCACUGCCGGCACUGCCCUCGUGCUGUAGGACUCGUUCCAUCAGCCCCAAACAUCCUCAAGACUCCUUUCCGCUCAGUGAACGGUUCAGUAAUGGUAACAAACACACACUACCUGCUCCGCAAACGGCACCGGAAAACACAGACUCAUCAAAGCAUUUCGCUUUCAUUUUUACAGUUAGUUUUACACUUUAGUAUCUUUACCUAUUAUGGGUGGUGUUCAUUUAUUAUCAUGUAUAAUUAUUAUUAUCAUUAUUAUUAUUAUUAUUGACUCCUAAGUGAUGUGGAAAUGAGAGCUGGCCAAAUUACCCAGGCUCGCGUAUCUGAGAGUAACGAUGACUACUGGUUGAAUCUCACAAAAUCUGUUCGCAUUUCACCCUAAAUUAAACAAGAUAUUAUACUUGGGGGGAGAAAUAAAAGACUCAAAUAUUUUUGAGGACCUUUUUUAGUUUUGUGAAAUUUAUUUAUAAGACCAGCCCUCAUUACCGGAAUGCAAAAAAUAUAACGAUGGACUAUUUAAAUGCAUUUACAUUUUAUUGCACAUUUAAUUAAAUUAAAUGUUUACAUUUUAUUUAUGUGGAUUUACAUAAUAAAUCAUUGUACUGCUGUUUUUUUACUGUUUAACAAUAAAGACAGCAAAUACUGAAUAAUGGGAAUUAAUCAAUUAAUGUUCAGUUGUAUUAUGGUAAUGUGAAUUUCUUUAGAGAUCGACUUGAUUAUAAUAAAUAGAAAUAGAUGUAAAGAGAUGCAUCACAGUAAUGGAAAUUAUGACAAUUAUGUUACAAUACCACAAAGCAAAAACUAAUGCAUUAUUAUUUAAAUUGAAUGCACUUAAUAUGAUUUAUUAAAGUGAAUGUGUAUGCUUAUUUAUAUGGAUUUGAAUAUUAAAUUAUCGAAUUGUCAAAUGUUCUCAUUAUUAGAGUGACCCGAGUAGUUAUUGAACAAUGUAAGCUCAAUAAGAAAAAACUUAAUUAGCAUAAUAUCCUACCAUAAUAUAUUACCAUAAUUCAAAUUAUAUAAUGAUUUAUUAGUUCAAUUGUAAUGCAUUUAUGUUUAAUAAUUUAUAAAUUGGCAUAUUUUAUAGUGAAAAUCCUUAAAACAUCAGGAAAUAACACUGUAAUGUUAUUUUGGGAUUAUGAAAAUAAUACAUCAAUGCUAAGAUAGUAAAUAAAUAAAAUAGCACAAUAUUAAGGACAAAUAAAGGCUUAGUUGAGAGCCUGAUUUGUAUUAUUUAGGUUGAAAUGUGGCGGGUUUGCAUGGGAUUCAGCCAUGAGUGUGUAAAUGGCAUAAAAGCAUGACUGAAUUACACUAAUAAUUAGCAGUCAGGACUGAGAUCUGACCUGCUGAACGGUUUAAGUCUCUAACCACUGGGUUUUCCUCCAGUCACUUUACUUGAAGGGGUGUUCCUAAGACUUUCAUUAAACCUUUAUAAUCAUAAAGGUGAAUGUGAAUUUAUGCAUGCUUAUAACAACUGUUAUUAAGUGUCAUUCGCUCAGUUAUGACAUUUUAAAUGCAAAGAUGACCUUAUGUGUUAUGACAGCUUGACAUAAAUACAUCACAAUCAUAAUAGCUUGACGUUAACACGAUGACAACACCUGUCAUAUAUCUGUCAUAAACAUGACUGUCAGUAAGCUAUUCUAAAUAUGUCAUGAAUAUUAUAAAAGUGUUGUGUCGUUAUUAUUUUUGGAUAUCAGCUACAGUGAUACAAGCUGAGUUUGCCAAUAAAAUGUCAUUAAAUGUUAUUGACACUGUUAUAAAAUGAUUUCACCGAGUAAUGACACUUUUAAUUAGAUAUUUUAAUUACAAAUACAGUUUGUUCCACUGAAAAAAAGUGAGCAGAAAAAUAUUCAUGACACAAUUAUAAUCAUGACAAUCAUGGUUAUGACAGAUUUAUGUCAAGUUGUCAUGACAUGACCUAAACAACAACACCUGUCAUAAACAUUAUUGUCAUGCAGUCAUUAUAAUUAUCGUGAAUAUUAUAACAAUGUCAUUAAUUUUUUCUUGACCCUAAACUACAGAGGCACAAGCUUAAUUUGUCAUUAAGAUGUCAUUAAAUAAUUUUGAAGCUGUUAUGAAAAGAUUUGGCGGUAAGACUUUAGAAUAGCUAUUCGUUCUAACAAGUUAAUAGUGCAUUAAUAAACUGUUAGUUAAUGAGUUAUAAAUGACUUGUUAAAUAAAAGUU